AUGACAGCCACCAUCUCAGACUCCUCUACCCCUUCCCCCCUCCGCAUCGGCGUCCUCCUCUUCCCCGGCUUCCAAGCCCUCGACGUCCUCAACGUCCUCUCCUGGUCCCCAACCACCACUCCCCCCAUCACCCUCUCCCUCCUCUCCACCACCCUCUCCCCCAUUUCAACCCUGCCUCCCAAUUUCCCGCAUGCCCUAUCCCAAUCCAUCCUGCCUACAGCCACUCUCUCCUCCUCGCCGCCUCUCGAUGUCCUCAUAAUCCCCGGGGGCUGGGGUACUCGCGCCCCGCUCCCCGAAUACACAGAGUAUAUUCGGACUGUCUACCCGACUCUUAAGUACCUGUUGACUGUGUGCACGGGUGGGAAGUUGGCUGCGAGGGCGGGGGUUCUGGAUGGGAAGAGGGCGACUACGAAUAAGAGUGAUUGGGAGGGCGUGGUGAGGGAUGCGCCGGGUGUGCAGUGGGUGAAGGAGGCGAGGUGGGUUGUUGAUAAGAGUGAUGUUGGGGGGGAUGGGAAGGGGACUGAGGUGUGGAGUUCGGCUGGGGUGAGUGCCGGUGUUGAUUUGAUGUUUGCUUGGGUGGAGAGUAUUUGGGGUGAGGAGGUCGCGGCGGGGGUGGAGAGGGUGUUGGAGUUUAGGAGAUGGAGGGAGGGGGAUGUGGAUCCGUUUGUUAGGGAUUAA